AUGACCAAUCUACUAGCUUCACUUGAUACUCGAGACGAAAGGGUAUUACUAUUCGGUUACUCCAGUGUAACCAACCUACGAAUCAACUCAAUCAUAGAAGCUCGUGCAUACCCCGUACUUGUCAUUCCUGAAGAUUUAGAUCUACCAUCGAGCCUAACACUACACGAAGCAAGCGGCAAGCUAACCAUUAUCAAAGAUGCAGAUUUUGCAUUUAAAAUUGAUCACUACUUAACCAAGUUGGGCCGGACAGAAGUGGAUUUUGUCGUAGAUAGAGUCUUUGUUACUCUUCCCCAGAUGGACCUACAGGAACAAAUCUUUCAACGUUGUAAACGAUUGAGGAUACCCAUCAACACAACUGACUCUCCACAGUUUAGCACAUUCACAUUAUUAUCAUCAUAUAACCAAGGUGAUUUCCAACUCGGAGUCACAACUAAUGGAAAAGGUUGCAAGUUAGCAUCAAGGUUGAAGAGAGAAAUUGUCAAUAAACUACCAGCUGAUAUUGACCUCAUCUGUGACAAGAUUGGCGAGUUACGCCGACAAAUCCGAAUUGAAGAUGAAGUAGGAUUUGAAAUUGGGGAUGAUGAUGACGACUCUGUCAACACACACAAGUUCAACUCAUUAGUCCACGAAUUCAACCAAACCCAAGAGGAAGUCAAGGGAAGAAGGAACAGAUGGCUUUCACAGAUUGUUGAAUACUACCCAUUAUCAAAAUUGGCCACCUUAUCCAUUGAGGAUUUGCGUUUUGCAUAUGACAAAUACAAGCGCGAUAACAACCAAGAAAUUGCCGUGCUGUUACCCCAAAAGGGCAAGAUCGCUCUCGUUGGAAGCGGACCUGGCUCCGUUGCAUUGUUGACUUUGGGUGCAAUACAAACCAUCCAUCAAGCAGAUUUGAUUUUAGCCGACAAGUUGGUGCCGCAAGAAGUGCUUGAUCUCAUACCGAAGAAUCAUGGACCGGAAUUGUUCAUUGCACGUAAAUUUCCAGGAAAUGCCGAACGUGCACAAGAGGAGCUUUUAACUAUGGGCCUUGAAGCACUUCAAAAGGGAAAGUUUGUGUUGCGAUUAAAACAAGGUGAUCCUUACAUUUUUGGCCGUGGUGGCGAGGAGUACAAUUACUUUGCUGAACAUGGAUUCGAACCCAUUGUUAUACCGGGUAUUUCUUCAGCGUUGGCAGCACCGGUGGUUGCAGGCAUACCAAUGACACAUAGAGACGUUGCUGACCAAGUAUUGAUUUGCACCGGCACUGGAAGGAAAGGGGCUGUUCCAAACUUGCCCUCCUUUGUGCCUAGUCGAACUACGAUUUUCCUCAUGGCAUUGCAUAGAAUCGUGGAGCUUGUUCCGGUGUUGGUGGAAGAAAAGGGAUGGCUUCCUGAGUUGCCAGUGGCAAUAAUCGAACGUGCAAGCUGUCCCGACCAACGAGUAAUUCGCACAACUUUGGCCAGACUUGGAGAGGCGGUAGAACUGUGUGGAUCAAGACCACCCGGACUAUUGGUCACCGGAUAUGCAUGCGAGGUGAUUCACAAAAACCCAAGCUUGAAAAGCUGGUUAAUCGCAGAGGGAUUUCAGUACGAUUUUGAUAAUUCAAAAAUAUCUGUAGUAUAG